AUGGGAAUGGACAUUUAUACCGGAACACAUUUGUCCGACUGGUUUUUCGGGCAGCGCAGGAGAAGCGAUCAGAAAACCCCGAACUGCCCGGAGAGGCUUGGAUAUUUCUCAUGUGCAGCGUCAGCUCUUGCAUUUGGUUGUCGACAGUAUGUGUUAACAGUUCGUCCCCGAUGCCUGCGCCAUGUCAUCCGGUCUGCCCGGCAUGAACGCUGCCUGGUAUCAAGCAGACAGAAAGCUGGACUCCAGCGCUGCCGUCCAUUAUGUACUGCACCGUGUGACCAACGUCAGCCAAAGCCCGAUGAUGUCAUGUUACACAAGUUCACCCUCAUCUACAAAUUUCCCGCCAUCAGGUUCUUGAGAGUGGUAUCUAGACUCAAACUGCUCCAGACAGGGAUCACUUUUCUCCUGCUUCCUCCAGUGUAUUACCUCUACUUUCAGGGACAAGUAACAUACUCCCUUGUAAGUUACAGCACUGGAAUUGCCGUGUUUGCUGCGAUUAUGCUUUACUCGCUCAGCCACUACCUUAGGAGAUUUGUGGGGAUGAUUUACUUGGAUCACUCUGAAACCACACUGAAGAUUUCUCACCUCACCUUUUGGGGUAAGAGGCAAGACCUGUAUGUCCCUGUCAAUGACAUUAUGACACUCGCAGACACGGGUGAUUCCAGAAAUGAAGUUUUACUGUGUUUAAAACGGUAUAGUUCUCCUGACAUCCUGUAUUUCUCCACACAACUAGGACAAGUAGUGGACAAAAAUGCAUUUAAGCAGAUCUUUGGUGGUAUGUCUUAAUUGUUCUAUAAAUAUUUGUUUCAGACAGUUACCACUACUUGUUUGUUGAUGCCAUUAUAAACCAAGAACAGAUCUACAAUACGUUUGAGAUCAUCUUCAAAUUUUUAUAGUUAACAUUAAAUGACAACUUCAGCCGAAUUAUCUGAAAUAGGAUGGUAACCUGCAGUUGAAUGUCUGUGAUCCUUUGGGCCCAGGUUGUUCUAUACUGUGUAAAAUAAGUGGUCUGGAACAUGUGGCAUUUAUGUGAAGUGUGAAAAUGCUACUAAAUAUGUUUUAUUUCACAACAAAGUAUUGUGGCAUAUUAAAUGAAAAGUAUUUAUCCCUAAAAGCUUAGUGUUU